AUGGAAUUGCUUAGAAAUUAUCAUGCCGAAAAAAGAUUCGAAUUGCAGUACUGCACCACAAGUGGUAACCACGUGGUCUUCACUGUGGAUACACGUGGCCAGAAUGAAGAAUGUGAUGAUGAUGGAUCACCUUCCUGCAAAGAUGAUAUGGCUUCUACACCUCUUGAAAAAUUAAUACAUACAAAAUGGCAGGAUGCAAAAAUAACUUGGACAGGUCAAACUCCUACAGUAUAAACAUGAAC